AUAGAGUCCAAAUAGCAGCACCCCUACGAUGGAGAAAAAGCUUUAAAUGGCUGCCACCUUCUCUUUUUCCCACUACACUCUCACUGUUUUUUUUUUUGAUUCAUUGGUAAUAGUAACCAGAAGCCACCUUCUUUCUUCUUCCCCACAGUCCUUUUUUUUUCCUUUUUUUUUUUUUUGGCUCAGUAAAUUGUUGCAGGCGCCGCUUCUCUUUUCUUGCACCCCUCUCCAUUUCUCUCUUCCUGGAAUCCCUGAUCAUCAUCAUUUGAUAUCUUUCUCCCCACCUUCUCUUCAAUUCGACCAAUUGACAUAUAUUCUGAUUUCUCUCUCUCUGCCUUUCUCUUUCUCCCCUGGAACUAUAAAUUCCCUGAGCAUCCAUCAUCAUCAUCAUAACUCUUCUCUUUCUCAAGAAUCCAAUAUCAUAUAUCUCUCUUCAGAAUUUCUUUUUUUUUUUUUUGCAGUGGGUUCAAGGACUCAGACUUAUCUACUGCUACACAGACUGAUAAGGGGAAAUAAAAUGGUGGGUUCUUUCUCCAUUUUCCACUUUAAUUCGUAAAGGGAAUUCUUUGCAACUGACUGUACUAGUCCAGGGUUUUCCAAAGUUUUCGUUUUUUUUCUUCAUGAAUAAUCUUUUGUGUCUGCAGUUGGAUAUUCUUCCUCAAUGGCUUUCGGCCCUUUUGACGGAGAAAUUCUUCAAUGCUUGCUUAAUUCAUGAAGAUGCUCGGAAGAAUGAAAAGAACAUUUUUUGUUUCGACUGCUGUGAGGGAAUUUGCCCUAAUUGCUCCAGCCAACACAAGAAUCACUGCCUGUUACAGAUAAGGAGGUAUGUUUAUCACGAUGUCAUUAAGCUUGAUGAUGCUGAGAAGUUGAUGGACUGUGAGUUUGUUCAUACUUACAUAUCAAACGGUGCAAAAGUAAUUUUCCUAAACCAAAGGCCUUAUACCAGGAGGAAGACCACCAUCAGAGGCUCCACCGCGUGCGUCGUUUGUGACAGAGCCCUCCAAGACGCCUUCAUCUACUGCUCUCUCUACUGCAAGCUGCAACAUAUCAUUGAGAAUGGCUGUAACCUGUCCAAGUACAUCCGCCGGUGGUGUGAAGACGAAAAUCUGCCUGAAUGCCCUGAACCGGGCUUGGAAGAUGGCCAAUUGACACCUGACACAGUUCUUGAACCGGCCUAUUCCUUGAAGACUGAAUCAGCUGGUUCCAGCGGCAGUAAUGGGUACAACGGAGGAGGAUUGAGCUGUGGAUCACUUGCUUGUACCGCCACCACCGAUGUCACUCGGAAGAAACGCAGCAACACGUUGGGUUUCCGACCGGCUUGCGGGCCGGUGCUGGAAAUGUGUAACCGGAGAAAGGGUAAUCCUCAGAGGGCUCCACUUUAUUGAUUCAAGAGUGAGGAAUUUCUGAUGUUUAGCGAGAAGGUAGGGUCCUGCAGGGAAUUGGGAUUUAGGAUUUGGUAUUGUUCGUCCCUUUGAAGGUUUGAAAAACGUUUUAAAAUUGGAGUUAUGUGACCGGUGGGGCUGUUUCCGAGUCCCAAUUUUGUAGAGAUGAGUCACCAUCGUCUUCUAGUCUCUUCGGAUCAUCCUCAUCAGAACAGGGGAUUGUUAGUUCAAUUGGUAUACUAAUAGAUGGGGUACUAAUGAUGGUAAAAGUGAUGUUAUUAGUAACUAACAGCAAUGGUUAUUACUUAAAACAUUAGUCAUAUCUUCUUGUUUGUUCC